AUGCCAUCCGAAGCCUUCUCAUCCAAAAAGUCGGACACAGGCGAACUCCCAACUCCCCUUGACACGCUGCUGAGGCAUCUGAAUUCAUACGAUAUCAAGACAUUCUAUGUUCGGUUUGGCCAUACGGUCGUUUCAACAUGCGACUAUUGCCACUCGUUCAAUGACUUCGCCGUCUUUGCUCUACCCAGCGCGCUGCUUUCAUACAUCUGGACAGCCGCUAUAGUUGGGCUUGUCACAAUCAACGACUCUGGCCAUGAACGAUACCGCACCCUAGCUGUCGCAGCCAUCGCGGGUUCCUUCUUUGCGGAGGCCUACUACAUUGCAACAACGCCAAUAGAGGUCCCAAAAGGCGACAAAGAGGUGUUCUGGUGGCACGACUCCCUGCUCUUGCUGCGCCAACUCUUGUUUUUGGUGGUACCCAUCCUCAUACAUCUACUUCCCGAAAGACCACUCUCCCCGCUGAGCAACCCAACAAUUGGUGCAACAAGACUCGCUGAGCAGACAUUGCUGCGAAUGCAACUUCUUCGGUUAACCCGCGGUGCCAUCAUGCGGAUACCUGUCCUUCGAACUCGUGCCACAGAAUGGUGGGACGGUGACGCCCGCGAUGGGAAAUGGGUGCGAGAGGACAAGGCAGUCCAAGAUUUAGCACGACAACUUGGCUCUGGUUUUGACGAUGAGGGUGGAAGCGAUGUUGAAGAUGUCAAAGCUGCGCCACUACGAACAAACGCCCGCAACGCAGUUACCACUCUUAGAACGGCUUUCCAUCCAAGUGACUUUUGGAAACUCCCGCCAUCUUCCUAG